AUGAUGUUUGAGUCAGACAAAUUCAAGGCUUCGUCCAUGAUGGAGACAGUCACUGUCUCGGAUCUGAAACAUGAAGAGUUAGUGGCUUUCGUUGAGUUCAUCUAUAGCGACGGUUCUAUGCUCUCAGAGAAUGCCAAGCAACACGCUGUGUCACUCUAUCGUGCAGCCGCGGAAUAUGAGAUUCCGCAUCUGGGCGACCUAUGCAGAAACGUGCUUAUAUCAUCUCUUAACUCUUCCAAUGCUCUUAAAGUUCUUGCGCUCUCUGAAAACCCUUCUGAUAAUGCCCUCAGUGAUGCCGCCUUGAAAGUUAUCAAAACCCAUCAACGCACUAUUUUUGCCUCUGCUGAGUUCGAGGCAUUCGUCGUCCAUCAUCCAAUUCUUACCGUGAAGAUAUUUAAGUUUAUUUCGGCAGUGUGUCAUCCAAUCCAUCAUCCUGCUUACUAUUCUCACAUUUUUAAUUAUUAA